GCCAUAUUGAGUAUAGAUUUAUCUCGGGGAUUUGAUAGUAAUCAAAAUCGACGUAAUUUUACCAAAAUGUCCAUCUCGGAGGUUUAUUUUAAUAUAGAUAACGGGUAUUUAGAAGGUCUGGUGAGAGGUUUUAAAGGCGGUAUUCUCAAACAAGAUUAUUUGAAUUUGAUUCAGUGUGAAACACUAGAAGACUUAAAAUUGCAUCUUGCUAGCACAGACUAUGGCAACUUCCUAGCCAACGAACCCUCUCCACUGACAGUGUCAGUUAUAGACGAUAAGCUCAAGGAGAAACUCGUCUUAGAAUUCCAACAUCUUAGAAACCAUGCGUUUGAACCACUGGCAACAUUUAUGGAUUUCAUUACUUACAGUUACAUGAUUGACAAUAUCAUCUUAUUAAUUACUGGUACUCUUCAUCAACGAUCGAUAUCUGAACUAAUCCCUAAAUGUCAUCCACUGGGUAGUUUUGAACAAAUGGAAGCCGUUAACAUUGCUUCCACACCAGCUGAACUUUAUAAUGCCAUUCUGGUUGACACACCGCUUGCUCCUUUCUUUCAAGACUGUAUAUCAGAGCAAGAUUUAGACGAAAUGAAUAUUGAAAUCAUCAGGAAUACACUAUAUAAAGCCUACUUGGAGGGAUUUUAUCAAUUCUGUAAGAAUUUGGGUGGUGCUACUGCUGAUGUCAUGUGUGAAAUACUUGCUUUUGAAGCUGAUCGUAGAGCCAUCAUCAUCACAAUUAAUUCCUUUGGCACUGAACUCACUAAAGACGAUAGAAACAAGCUGUAUCCACGUUGUGGUCGACUGUUUCCUGAUGGUCUAGCUGCACUAGCCAGGGCUGAUGACUAUGAACAAGUGAGAGCUGUUGCUGAUUACUAUGCUGAAUACAGAGCCUUAUUUGAAGGAUCAGGAAACAACCCUGGGGACAAAACACUGGAAGACAAAUUCUUUGAGCAUGAGGUGAAAUUGAACGUGUAUGCUUUCAUGCAACAGUUUCACUUCGGUAUCUUCUAUGCUUGGGUGAAACUGAAGGAGCAGGAAUGCAGGAACAUCGUCUGGAUAUCUGAGUGCAUUGCACAAGGACAAAGAGGAAAAAUAGACAGUUACAUACAAAUACUAUAAAAUUUGUAUUGUAAAAUAGAAAUUAAAUAGUCACCUAUUAUUGUCACUAGCCCCCUUCCAACUUUGAAUUAUCCCAUGUGUACUACAAAUGCACAAUAUUGUGUGUGAUGCAUCUCAGUCGGCAUGGUGCCCAAAUCACUGUCACUGUCUGUUUUCCCUUGGUGUUGAUUAUCGUCGACAUGAUGCUGAUGAGUGUUAGGACUAGAAACCAUGAUCUUUUCUUACUAGCAUCCUGCAUCACAAGAUGUCAAGACAGACUCUUCAGUACAAGUGUCUUAACAAAAUAAAAGUUUGUAUUGAGAUUAGUUUAAGACUUAUUCUUGAAAAUCAAAUACAAAUUUGAAUGUGCCAUGAUCACCACAUUAUGUCAUUGUGCAUUGGCACCUCUGGUACUGAUGGGAAAUAAAGUCGCGUCUGAUGCCAACACCAUAAAUCAAUGUCUUGCAUCAUCCUCAUUUUUCAAAACCCUGUACAAAAAUAAUAUCUUGUAUUAUGAUUCAUAAGGUCCUUGAUCAUGAUUUUUUAACCGAUUGUAAGUUAUCUGAAUUUUAUUCUACUUUCAUGGAGACCAAAAUCAUUGUGAUUGGGGGGGAGGGUAUACUUUAGUUUUAAAAUGAUUACCGAAAUCAUGACGCUGUGCCCAAUAAUAUGUCAAGUAAAUGUUAAUAAAGGGUUGGUUGUUACCAUAUAUAUCCUAUACAGAACUACUGAAAUGUGUUUGGAAAGACAAACCAAUUCAAUAAUGUAUUAUUCUGGGUAUCAACAUUUGUACAUCAAAGACGUUGAAUUGUUUGAAUAGUUGAUCCAUUGUGUUUAUAUUUAUUAUUGUAAACUGAGAUAUUCAAGAGAUUAGAUUUCUAUAUGUGAUAAAAAAAAAUUACGAAGUUGAUGGUAAGUACCUGAGUUUUCUUAGUCUUUGCAAUGUACAUGGUCACAUAGUAGUUCAACCACAGAAUUGAAUUAUUCAGUAAAAAGUGAUUUUCUGUCAAAAAUUAUUCAGAGAUACUGGUAUGUUUUGACUAUUGUUUCUCGUAAGUGACUUUAGGUGAAUAAAAUAGUGCUUCAAAUAUAAAUGGUACAGAACAAUAGCAGAAUAUUUUCUGUACACAUAACAUUUAGUCAAUAUGUACAUGUAUAUAAAAUUAGUUGGCAAUUGUAUAAUUUUCAAGUCACUAUAACCAUGUUUUGUCAUUUCUCCGUUUUAAAUUACAUUGUAUCUGAUAUUGUCUUUUGUCUUGUACUGAAAACAGUUUGAUUUGAUCAACACUGUUAACUUGUUCAUUAGAGUGACUCCCCUGUGUUAAUAACAUGUGAACUUUGCAUAUAAUAUAAAGGUGCAAGUUUAUGUACAGUCAUAUAUCUCAACCAUUAAAGGGCAGUGGUCAUUACAUCAUAUCCUGUUCGAUUUAGGAAGCAGGUAAAAUGCAUUAUCCCACCAC